AUGGAGGGAGCAGAUGGAUGCGAGGAGGAGGGGAGGAGCCCCGUGCAAAAGAAGCAAGUCGUUGUGGUCAUGGGGAGUACGGGCGUGGGCAAAUCCCAGCUGGCCAUCGACCUUGCUCUCGCCCUACAGAAGCAGCAACGCGGCGUAGCAGAAAUCAUCAAUGCCGACUCGAUGCAGGCGGGCGUGGUGCACCAUCUUCUGGACGUGGUCGAGCCGACAGACAUCAACUUCAACGUCAUCGAGUUCUGCCGCCUCGCGCUCGCCACCAUCGACGACAUCCAUAGCCGCGGGAACCUGCCGAUCGUGGUGGGGGGCACGCACUACUACCUGGAGGCGCUGCUGUGGGAGAACGUGCUGCUGCACGCCGCCGACGCCCCGCUCGCGCCCAAGCACCACCACCACCAAUCGCAGCGUCCGCGGCCCGACGAAGAAGCAGGAGAAGAGGGAGAAGGGGAGCAUAAGGCCGGCGGCGGCGGCGGCACAGAGCCUGCGGAGCUGGCGGCGCUGUAUCGGCGGCUGAGCGAGGUCGACCCGCUCAUGGCGUCGUGGCUCCACCCGCACAACGAGCGCAAGAUCAAGCGCGCUCUCGAGGUGUACGACACCACCGGCCAGCCCUACAGCGACAAGCUGCGCCAGCAGGCCUCGCCCACGCCACGAUAUGAUGCGCUGCUGUUUUGGAUCGAUUGCGAUCGGGCGGUGCUGAACGCGCGGCUGGACGGGCGCGUGGACAAGAUGGUGCGGGCGGGCCUGCUCGCGGAGGUGGCCGACCUGCGGCGCCUGCUCGAGCGCGAUGGCCUGCCCAUGGACUACACCAAGGGCAUCCUCCAGGCCAUCGGUUACAAGGAGUUUGCGCCGUACUUUGCGGCGGCGGAGAAGGGCGGAGCGGAGGCAGAGGGGGCGCUGCGGGCGUGCGUGGCGGCCCUCAAGCAGCGCACCCGCAAGUACGCCAAGGUGCAGACCAGCUGGGUCCACCGCCACUUCAGGCCGCGAGCGACGAUCCAUCGGCUGGACUCGACGCGAUUCGAGCAGCAGCGGUGGGACGACGAGGUGCGGCUCCCCGCCGUGCGCGUCCUCACCCAAUGGUACACCGCCGGCGCCGGCGACUCCGCCGUUCAGUACGUCGAAGUCCUGCGACCACCAUCGGCCGAGCGGGCAUCGCUCAAGCGGCCGACCAGCGAUCGAGGAGGCGACGACGGCGCAGAGGGCGGCGGCGACAGCGGCGAGGCGACGAAGCGGAACAAAGCGGAGGGCGGCAAGGGCGAGAGCGGCGAGGGGCGGGAAGAGGCGCUGGGGGCGCGGUGGCGGCGGUUCGUGUGCGAGGAGUGCGAGGGCAAGGUGCUGCAGGGCGAGGUCCAGUGGCGCGCCCACCUGGCCUCGCGCGGCCACUACCACCACCGCCGGCGACGCCGGCAGCAGGCCCUCCUGGUCGGCAUCACCACCGCCGCCUCCACCGCCGCCACCGCCACUGACGGCGCCGACCCCACCGACACGUCACACAAGGCCCAGUGA